CUAAGUUCAAGGAUCGACUUUUAAUACUAUAAAUUAUAAUAUUGAAUAUGCGUCUUUGUUUUUUUUUUUAAUUUAGAUCUGUAUCCGUGAAUCUUUAUAGUUUUAUUUUCUUUGUAUAAAUAAAUAAAAAUGUAUUUAAUAUUUUUUUACGAAUGAACGCACUUAGGUAUAGUCCAUAAGCCCCACGUAUCAGCUAUCUCGUCUCAUUAUUUAUUAAUACUAUUAUUAAUUUUAUUGAUUUGCUUACAAUAAACUGGUUAAAAUCCUUCAAAGAUUAUUCAUAAAUAAGAUAUUUUAAUUGUUAUUAUAUUAAGUUUACACAAUGGUGUUUGAUAACUUAUAUCUUAAUAAGGACCAUCUCGAUGGAUUUGACAAUUACAAAUAUAAUGCAAUUGAUACAAAUCCAUUGGGUACAUAUAUUAUGCAUCCAUUUUGGAACGCAUUAAUUAAAAUCACUCCAAGAUGGAUUGCACCUAAUUUGCUAACUUUUGUUGGUUUUCUUUUUACUGUUGGAGCUUCACUUCUCCUUGCUUAUUAUGACUAUGGUUUCUAUGUAUCUGGAAUAAAUUACAAAGGUGAUCCAAUACCAAGAUGGGUUUUUGGUGUUGUGUCUUUAUUUAUUUUCAUAUCAUAUUCUCUUGAUGGUCUUGAUGGUAAACAAGCUAGGCGUACAGGCACAAGUGGCCCACUUGGUGAACUGUUUGAUCACGGUCUGGAUUCCUGGACAACUGUUUUUAUCCCUACUGCACUUUAUUCAAUAUUUGGGCGUGAUGAUCCGAAUACUAUUCAACCAUUACGAAUGUAUUAUAUCUGUAUAAUGGUUUUCAUUAAUUUUUAUUUGGCUCAUUGGGAAAAGUAUAACACUGGAGUAUUAUAUUUACCAUGGAGUUAUGAUUUUUCAAUGGUUGGAUUAGUAUUCUUCUUUGGUCUUACUGCUAUUUUUGGACCUGAAAGAUGGAAAAUGUCUAUAACAGAAAAUUAUUCCUUUGGACAUAUCACUGAAAUAACAUUUUAUUUUACCACAUUCGUUACUAAUAUUCCAGUUUCAAUUUAUAAUAUUUAUGUAAGUUACAGGGACAAAACAGGUAAAAAUUUAAGUAUUCUAGAAGGUAGUCGACCAUUAAUUCCUUUGACUGUCUUUGUGUCUUUAUGUUUGAUAUGGGUAAAAAUGUCACCUACUAAUAUUCUUGAAAGGGAUCCAAGAAUAUUUUUUAUGAUGAGUGGAGCAAUAUUUUCAAAUAUUUGUUGUCGUUUAAUUGUGGCUCAAAUGAGCAAGACUCGCUGUGAAGCACACAAUAAUUUGUUGUCGCUUAUGGUUGUAGCUAUAUUUUUCAGUGUGUUUUUACCUCCCAUUGAAUUAAUUUGUAUGUACAUUAUGGCAUUAAUAAGCAUUGUAACACACAUCUAUUAUGGAGGCUGUGUAGUGAAACAAAUGGCUGAUCAUUUUAAAAUCAUGUGUUUCAAAAUACCGUACAAGAAACAUUAAGUAUAAUAUACUAUAAAAAUAAUUUUUAUUUUAUUUUAUAUUCUUUUUAUUAACUACUUAAAUCAGCAUUAGCAUUAAU